AUGCUCCGUGCAGUCCUGGGCACACCCCAGAGGUUGCUCAGGGACGGGGUAGCGUCCAGGCGCCUGGUGCUGGUGGUGGUGUUCGUGGCCCUACUCCUGGACAACAUGCUGCUUACUGUGGUGGUGCCCAUCGUGCCCACCUUCCUGUACGCCACGGAGUUCCAAGGGGUCAACACCUCCCUGCCCGCUGGCCGGGCUCUCACCUCGCCUGCCUUUUCUGCCAUCUUCUCUUUCUUCGACAAUGCCACCGUGGCUGUUGGAGACAGUGGGCCCAAGGCCACGGCGUGGACAAACAGCACAUCUGUCACCACCCCCACUCCAGUUACUGCACCCUUCUCCGCCCGCAAUGGCAACUGUUGGCAAGACGCAGAGUUCCUGGGGGAAGAGAACCUCCGAGUCGGGGUUCUCUUUGCUUCGAAGGCUCUGAUGCAACUUCUGGUUAACCCCUUCGUGGGUCCACUCACUAACAGGAUUGGAUAUCACAUUCCCAUGUUUGCUGGCUUCGUUAUCAUGUUUCUCUCCACAGUUAUGUUUGCAUUUUCUGGCACCUACGCCUUGCUGUUCGUGGCUCGGACUCUUCAAGGCAUUGGAUCUUCGUUUUCAUCUGUUGCAGGUCUGGGGAUGCUGGCCAGUGUCUACACUGAUGACCAUGAGAGAGGCCGAGCCAUGGGGAUCGCCCUGGGUGGCCUGGCUUUGGGAGUUCUGGUGGGAGCUCCCUUUGGAAGUGUGAUGUACGAGUUUGUCGGAAAGUCUGCCCCCUUCCUCAUCUUGGCCUUGCUGGCGCUUCUGGAUGGAGCACUCCAGCUGUGCAUCUUACAUCCUUCCAAAGUCUCUCCUGAGAGCACCCAGGGGACUCCGCUCUUCAUGCUUCUCAGAGACCCUUACAUCCUGGUGGCUGCAGGCUCCAUCUGCUUUGCCAACAUGGGCGUGGCCAUGCUGGAACCUACGCUGCCCAUUUGGAUGAUACAGACCAUGUGCUCCCCUGAGUGGCAGCUGGGUCUGGCUUUCCUGCCUGCCAGUGUGUCCUACCUCAUUGGCACCAACCUCUUUGGCAUGUUGGCCAACAAGAUGGGUCGGUGGUUGUGUUCCCUGAUUGGGAUGGUGGUAGUAGGAGUCAGCUUGCUCUGCGUUCCUCUGGCUCCCAAUAUUUUCGGCCUCAUUGGUCCCAACGCAGGACUUGGCUUUGCCAUAGGCAUGGUGGACUCCUCCCUGAUGCCCAUCAUGGGCCACCUGGUGGACCUGCGCCACACCUCGGUGUAUGGGAGCGUGUAUGCCAUCGCAGACGUGGCCUUUUGCUUGGGCUUUGCAGUAGGCCCAUCCACUGGGGGUGCCAUCGUGCGAGCCAUCGGUUUCCCCUGGCUCAUGGUCAUCAUCGGGGUCAUCAACAUUGCCUACGCGCCCCUCUGCUACUGCCUGCGGAGUCCGCCAGCCAAGGAGGAGAAGCUCGCUAUCCUGAACCAGGGAUGCCCCAUGGACGUUCGUGCAUUUGCAACCCAGAGGACCCCCAAAGCGUUUCCCCUGGGCGAGGACAGCGAUGAGGGGCCCAACGGCGAGGAGUAG